UUAUAGCACACUUUUACGGCGAAUCUGGCGAGAUUCAGUGUAGUGGUAAUUCAUAAAAAAAAAGAGAGAAUAUAAUUUAUUUCUAACUGAGAAAAUGUGACUUUUUCAAGGAUUUUACCAACCAUACCUGUUGCCGCAAGAUAGCCGUCUCAAGCCGGCUCCUGCAUGUUGUGACAGGUUGUGGUUCCGCCAUAGCAUUUGAUCUCGUGGUGCAUUUCGGAUUUCGGCAUUUCUUCCUCGUCACUGUCACGAUGUACGUCCUAGUGAAAUGGCCAUCUGAAGAUACCUGGGACGUGUACAACGUGCGUGCGCUUACAGACGUUGGAACUGGCUUCCGAUUAAUGUGCGAAGACAACGCACUUGAGAGUUUGCGUGGGGCACUUGUUAGUGUUCAAUGGAAGGCUGGCGAAGAACCGGCAAUGGCGGAACUACUUGAUUGUGGUUCAGAGAAGUCGAUGGAACGGAAACGGACGAGGUUUGCAAAACGUGGUGCUGGUGGCAGUGGCGGCGGAAAGGAGGCAACUGGGGAACCCCCCUUGAAGUCACAGAGGGUAUCAUGUAACAAGGAGACGACUUCCCAGUGCAAUUGCAGCUGCAAGCAAAAGUUGGAGGACAUUCAGAAAUAUGUCGAAACAUUGGAGGAGCGUUUGAAAGUUGUAGAGAACAAUUAUGGUUACGUGAGUGGCAAGUUUGACACCACUGUGGUCCAAAUCAAAAACAGCCUUUCUUCUUUGGUGUCACGCGAAAUAAAGUAAUCUCCUUGUAUGCACACAACUCCUGUUUUGGGUAUCGUUAACUGCAUGUACGCACUAAUGUCACUAUUUGUAGUUUGUUGGCUUCUUUAUGGACCUAGCUAUGCACGUGCAACAAAGUGAACGAUGUAGGCUGCUGUAGCUUCUACUCCGAGGGUUCACGAAAUGUAGGAGGCCACAUCAGGAACUCAAAAGGAAGCCAUCACAAGCUCGAAGGAAGUGCAGUGAUAAUACAUCAUAAACACAUCAGGAAGCCAUCACAAGCUCGAAGGAAGUGCAGUGAUAAUACAUCAUAAACACAUCAGGAAGCCAUCACAAGCAUAAGCAGAGGCUCAUUGAUAAUACAUCAUACACUCAUUAGAAUUUCACUCAUCACAUUGUAAUCAGAAACGCGGUGGCCAAUUUUGAUUAGAAAUGCAUCAGAAACUCGCUAGGAAAUACAUUAGCAUUUCUGAUGCAUGUGAUGUCAAAAAGCAUUGACUUUACAACAGAAACUCAUCAGCAAUUUUUG